AUGCGUUCGAUUCAAUUGUCCUGUGUUAUUCUGGUUGCAAUUGCAUGUUUCUUGACUUCAUCUGUGGUGAUGGCAAAGCCCACCUCAAGUGUAUCCAAGCAUAGCCAUCAGACAAAGAAUUACCGUCAUUCCUCUACCCUAUCCAAGAAGAAGAAGAAACAUACUACCGUCAAGAAGAAGACUACCAUCAAGAAGAAGGCUACUACCAAAAAGCACACUACCAAAUCUACCUCUGUUUCUGCUGCAUCUGCUGAUAUUUACGGUAAGCAUCGAUUGAUUGCUUACGUUGUCGAUUGGGAGAUUCCUAGCGUUGUAAACUGGAACAAAGUGGACCAUGUUGCCUACGCAUUUGCUGAACCUGAUGCUAAUGGUGCUCUCAAGUCAUUUACUGAUAGUCUGUUGAAGAAAUUUACUACUGAAGCUCACAAAAAUAAGGUCGGCGUCAGUAUCAGCGUGGGAGGCUGGAGUGGCUCAAAGCACUUUAGUACCUUGGUCAAGUCUUCCUCCAAGCGUAAGACUUUUGUUGAUAACAUUGUGGCAUUAGUUGCUGACUAUGACCUUGAUGGCGUCAAUCUUGAUUGGGAAUAUCCCAAUGACCCUAAUGGUGUUUCUUGUAACGCAAAGGAUAAGGACGAUACUGCCAAUUACCUUGUGUUCAUUCAAGAAUUACGUAAAGCGCUGGACUCUAAAUACAAUUCCAUUCACAAGUUGAUUACGGUUGCUGUUGGCACAAAUCCUUUCAAUGAUGCUAAGCAAACACCAAUGGCAAAACUUGACAAAAACUGGGCAUCUGCUGUUGAUUCAUUCUAUAUCAUGGCUUACGAUAUUAGUGGUAGCUGGAACACAGUGACCGGUCCAAACGCACCUCUCUUGAAAGGAAGCUCUUAUGACUCUAGUGUAGCACAGGCUGUCUCUGCUUGGCAUAACGCAGGCAUUCCAUCUAAUCAACUGGUUGUUGGUGUUCCCUUUUACGGCCUUGCUCUCAGAACCAGUAAAGCCAUUACCUCCUCGUCUGGUUUAUCUGUAAAGUUAGCUGCCUCAAGUGCCAUCAAAGGCGACGAAUAUGAUGAAUCGAGCAAAGACGACUGCCCUAAUUCUACUGCCAGUUACUCUGGCGAGUUCCAGUGGAGAUCCAUUGUCAAGCAAGGCGUCUUGAAGAAUAAAAAUGGCUGGAAGUCCUACUGGGAUGAUGGAUCAAAAACUCCUUAUGCUUAUCAAUCCAAUAACAACAAAUUUCUUUCAUUUGACGACCCUAAAUCCUUAACAGAAAAGGUGGAUUAUAUCAACAAACAAAGCUUGGGUGGUGCCAUGAUUUGGUCCUUGGAAAUGGAUGAUUCUAGUAAUACACUUUUGAACUCUCUUCAAGGUGUUCGAAAGGACUAA